UUUUUUUUUCUUAAUUUCAUAUUUUACUUGAAAUAUAUAAAAAUAAUAUCUGCAAAUGCACGCACAACAUGAAUAUACAAAGUGCAUACCCGUUUAUUUUGUUUCUCGUCACUUUAAUUCACCAAACAGAAACGUUGUCAUGUGACUGCGAAAAAAGGUUUUGCCGACCAAUAGGAGUAUCGGAAUGCAAAGGUGGGGUGACAAAAGACACUUGUGGUUGUUGUUACACAUGUGCAAAGAUCGAAGGUGAAGAAUGCGGUGGUAUGUGGAAGAUAAAGGGCAAUUGUGAUAAAGGUUUAUACUGUGAGAAGAAAAGAAAAGAUAAAGGAGGAUAUCUACCUGUUGAACACUCCACAGGAAAAUGCAUGUUAGAUCCUAACUCAGUCGAACGCUAUGAUUGGAAUUUUUGGAGAGAUUUUUUUGGAAAGAAAAGAGAAAUGAAGAAGAAGAAUAGCCAAUAGUUGUACUAGAUUAUUUUUCCAUUUUUUUUUUUCUUAAAAAAAUAAAAAAAAACUAUUCUUGAUAUCAAUUUCGGCAACAAUUUAUAUGACAUGGAAAAACUUUAAAGAAGCAGCUCUAAAUGUUUAUCGCUAUAAAGCCAAAUAAUACUCCAAUUCCAGCAUCGUUCCCAGUGCUUCCAGUAAAUUCUGAGAAAAAAUUGACCGGGAUGAGGCUGUUUCAUAUCUAGAAGUGCUUUUGUUCUUAAAACACUGCACUAUUUUUUUUUUAACCCACGUGAUAGUUCGUAUGUUAUUUUUGACAAAUUACUAACUUGCUUCGACGUUUCAAAACGCUGCUAGACGUUAUGAUUGUGAGUAACCAGAUAGAACGUUCGUUGGAUCAUUCCAAUCUUUUUACCACCCCUGUUCACAAAUGAAUCUCUACAUAAAAAUAGUAACUCCGGGUGAAAUGACAAAUAUGCGCCAGAUAUGUUUUGCCAUUCGGACAGUCCACACGUGCUCAUUCUGUGAGCAAUACAAAAUGGUUAACUGGUUCACCUGAUCCAAAAUUAAUUCUUUGUAUUCCACAUUCUCUUAUGAGAAUGAUGAAAACCAGAGCUGGAUGAAACUAUCCUUAGCACAUUCUUAUACAUCUGUUGAUCUUGACACAAUCGUUCAACCUUGAUCAAAAUUUGUUGAAACAAGACAGCUAAUUUCGAAGUUCUUCAUGACAAGUAAUUGCAUAGGCUGCUUCUAUAAUCAGAUUUAUGUACUCUAAACUUGUGUGCACUUAGGGCUUAGAUCUUAGGUUAUUUGAACCAAACUCUUGAAAUGUGCUAAUUGUGGUUGACAACAGCAUGGUUAUUUCGUUGUGCGGGUGUUCUAUAAAAUGCAACUAGAAAAUUUUUAGCGCUGUCUGCCUGUCCUACGUUUGUGCAAAUGUAGCGACUUUGCAGCUUGCUGGCUGCAGAGCAUUGACCGUUUGACACUUUUGUCACUAUUUGAAAAGUGACUUAAAAACAGCCUCUGUGUCAAUGUUUUGUACGAAAUUGUAGGUGACACGUUGUUGAUAUUUAGAUACAUAGUUCUCAAAAGCAAAAAAAAGCUUGAUAAUUAAAUUGUUUAAUUAACCUUCUGUGGAAAAUCUGCCUGAGAAGUGUCCUUAAAAUACUCUAAAUCCCAGCCAAGUAUUAUUAUAAACAUAUUCUUAUAAAAAAAGCAUGUAACUUAUUAGAAGAACAAAAAAUAUCACUGUAUCAUGAUACCAUUUUAAAGGCUUCAUAUGAUGAGAUCACUCAUGUUUAAAAUAUUGUGUGAAAAUCGUUUGCAGGUUGCCUAUAGUGUGCCGAAAACAUGGUAUUUUUUCACCAACUUUACAAUGUUGAACCAUAUAAAAAAUGUCUUUUAUACCUCGAUAGAUGGGCUAAGGUGGGACGAAAUAGUUAUUCAUACCCGAUGCAAAUUUAGGUAUAUCAUGGUAGUAUUUUUUCCACUUUUAUAUAAGAACAUUUUUAUAAAGAAAGGGCUAGGCUCCUAAUAAUAAAUUAAAUAAAAAAGGGGAUAAAUUAAAACAACAAAUUGUUUAGCAGUUACAGAUAGCAGGAAGUGAAGGAGCUUAAAAACUAGAUCAUUGUUGGAGUGGUUUUUCCAAAGUCAACUGUAAUUGGAAAUAAACAAAAGUUAUUCACAAUAAAGAAAGGAAAACUUCUUUUAUGUCAAUUGUGUUGUUUUUCUUACUCGCAUUUCAAAGAAAGGGAAACAGGAUUCACUCUGUUUUAAUAAAAAGGAUUCAAGGGAAAUAUAAAAACAAUAUUUCUUAUAUUUCUUUGCCACUUUUAUGACAAUGAUUUUUAAUUUUUACAUAAAGAUAUAUCACAGAAAACAUCUCCAGGUGUAUCACAAAUCAUUUUUGUACUUUGAUCUCCUGGGAAGUUUAAUUAUUCCUGUAAAAUAAAAAAGUGUUGGGUUUUGCUCAGAUUAUUUUUAUAUUUAGCAAAAUAUAUUUACUUGACGACAUCAACACGCACGCAAAAGAAAAGGAGAAGAAAUUUAGAUCAAGCUGGUUCCUGACGACGAUAUAGUUUUACAAUGUCUGCUCAGAUGAUUAUAAUUCUCUCUCUUUUGUCCACUUUGUUUGUGUUCAAUGAAAGUCGAUCAUAUCAGUGUGGGUCAUUUUGUGUACCUGUUGCAGCGGAUUCCUGUAGAGGUGGUGUGGUGCGCAAUGCAUGUGGGUGUUACGAAUGUGCAAAAGUUGAAGGUGAAACAUGUGGUGGACAAUUAGAAGCCAACGGCUACUGCGAAAGUCAUUUGAUUUUCUCCUACCCAGCUGACGAUCCACAGGGUCUCCAACCAGGCAACUGUGUCUUAGGUGCUAAUGCGUUGAUAUCCGAACCCAAUACAGUUUGGUCAAGACUGCGAAAUUUCUUUGGCUGAUAUCAAGAUGUGUUUACGUGGAAAAUAAACAAUAACAUCAACAAAAAUACACAACUAUAAAAACA